CUUUUUACUACACAAAUGAGGCUGAGGAUUGGAACUGCAGUAAUAUAGUAGAGUAUUAUCGCGUGAAAUCUAAACAGAAAGAAAGGAAAAAGAUUCUAGAUUACAUUAAAAAAGAUAUUCAAAAGGUAGAUGAUUUAGUUUUCGAGUUUGAUGAGACGCGUAGAAGAAAAGCUAGGGAAAUUCUGGACAAUUGGAAA